AUGGAUAUAAAUUCAAAAGUAAAAGAAACUAUAAGUUAUGGUAGUAAAAAACUGGGUUAUCAAUCGUUAAGAGAAGUUCAACAGAAAGUUGUAGAAGCCUAUCUUAUUGGAAAAGAUGUGUUUGUUUGCCUCCCUACGGGUUCUGGGAAGAGUUUGUGCUUUGAGAUAGCACCCUAUGCACUUGAGUGCAUGCAAUAUGGUUUAACUGCUGUUGAGGAACAGACUGCACCGAAAACGGUUUGCAUAGUUGUUGCGCCGUUAGUCUCUCUGAUGAAAGACCAAAUAUCUUCGUUGAGAAGUAAAGGAGUAUCUGCUAUUUGUAUUGGACCAGAAAGCACUUCAUCUGAUAUUGAAGACAUAAAAUCUGGAAAGUAUAACUUAAUAUUUGGUAGUCCAGAAGCUCUACUGAACAGCUACAGAACAAUUUUCAGAGGAUAUUUAAGGAACGUUUUGGGAGCUGUAUUUAUUGACGAAAGUCAUUGCAUUGAAAAUUGGUAAGAAACACUUCAAGUUGAGACUAGAGAGAUUGAAAAGUAUAUAUACAUAGAACAUAUAAUGUCUCUUGUACUGGAAAUGUGCCGUAUUUAGUAUUUUUAAUAAUCUGCCUACAAAUGCCAGACAAUUUGACUUGAUGAUUUUUACUCUUCAUGAUCAGUGCAAUAGCACUCAGUCUGACAAUUAAUAUUUGUAAUGUAAUUUGUUUAUCAUUUUUAGGGGAAAAUGUCAAGGUAAGGAUGAACCUUUUAGGAUAGACUAUGGCCGACUUGGUGAAUUGAGAUCCCUUAUCAGGAAGGAAGUACCCUUUGUGACCUUGACUGCGACUGCAACAACUAUUGUUAAGGAACAAAUCAUUCAAAAUUUGUGCAUGCAAGGAUGUAUUCAAGUUUUGGCUAACCCCAACAGAGACAAUAUUCGGUAUGCUGUGUUAACAGUUGAUAUAGAUAAUUUGUACACAUCAUUUUCUUGGUUAAUUGACGAGCUUUUAAACAAGAGUGUCAACACUCCAAAAGUUAUUGUAUUCUGUCGCAGAAAGCAACAUAUGAAAGAUCUAUACGAAUUAUUUAGUCAUCAUUUGGGCAAGAAAGCCUAUUAUAUGCCUAAUGGAAAUGAACCUAUGGAUGACCGAAGUCGUUUGUUUGCGAUGUAUCAUAAAAAAACCCACAAAAUUGUAAAGGAAACCGUGGAAAAAGAGUUCUGCAAAUCUAAUGGGACGAUUCGAGUUCUAUUCUGUUCCAUUGCAUUUGGGAUGGGUGUAAACAUAAAAGAUGCAUUUUUGGAUUUGCAUCUUGGACCUGCGGCAGAUUUGGAUGACUUCCUGCAAGAAACAGGACGGAUUGGAAGGGGGUCAACACAAUUAAGUCAUGCGGUUCUGUUAAAGUACAAACGAUGCACUUCAAGUAAAAAUAUUACACUUGCUAUGAGAAACUAUGUUAAUAAUGAUACCAAUUGCAGAAGAGAUAUGCUUUUAAAUCAUUUUGAUGUAGUUGUUCCUGAGAAAUCUAUUCUUCAUGAAUGUUGUGACAUAUGCGCCCGUGCAUGCAAAUGUUUGUGUAAAUGCCCUUGUGACUGUUCAUGUUCUAAGAAAUGUGCACAAGAUGGUUGUCUUUCAUCUGUUGAAAAACAUCUUGCGGAAUUGGAAUGUGAUCAAAGAAAAGAUAAACACCCAGUCCACAACUUAUCACAAACUAGCAUAUUUAAGAUGGAAAGUAAUCUUUUACAGUAUAGGUUACACUUACAAAACAAUCUUUCUGGACAACAUAACUUGAAUAUGCUAACUGGAUUUGAUGCAGCUACUGGUUAUAGCAAAAGUCUUAUUGAUGCCAUUAUAAAGAAUGCCAGAUACAUCAAAGACAAGGAGUACCUAAAUGCAAAUUUUGCAUUUUUUUGUGAUGAGCAUAUGGAAAAGACAUGGGAAAUAAUUAACUCUUUUCUAUGUGAUACUGACUCCAACAAUGUUUGUACAAAUAUACUUGUAGAUAAAUGUAUUGCAAACCCUAUCAAUGAUUCUGGAAGUAGCGACUCAUAUAAUACAACCGAGUCAUCUUCAUCUGAGGAUAAUUGGCAAAAUCCGAAAAAGAUGGUAUGGCUUCAUACUGGAUAUUCAAGUUCUGAAGACGAAAUUUCCAUCAGCUCGAAUUGUUCAUCAUAA